AUGAUGGAUGGCACCGUCGAGCGACCAAUGCAAUGGCUCCAUCGCAACUCGCCCGAAUACAAGCAGCAGCAAGCAUCGACGUCAAAGCUCGCAGGUGCCAAUGGUAGCAGCAAUGACUCUGCACCACAGGCCACAAUCGACGCAACGGCAAGGGACGAUGCAGUAGUCGCAAGUACAUCCGAUCUAUCCAACAGCAAAGCGGGCGAGCCAAUAGCUCUGCCAGAUGCAAGCGCGCCUCUUGUCUCGGCUCAGAGCUUCCUUGCCUGGUACACCCACCUGUCCGACUCGGUCACCUCGUCCACACAGUCAUCUCACCGUCAAGCAUUGCAGCGCAUCUCGGACACCACCUCUACCGCGGAUCACCUCCUCGCCCAGCUCGAGGCGUGUCAGGUCAACGUCUCCGAGCUUCGUGCGGGCACCGCUUUUGUGCAAGACUCGUCCAGAGGUAUUCGCGAACAGGCCCAGUCCCUUCUCGACUCGCAGACGCACCUCGAUACCCUGGCAGAGGACAUCGCCUCUCGUCUCUCGUUCUUCACCUUGCUGCCUUAUGCGACCAAUAUGCUCAGCUCGCCCGACAACACAAUCGUCUACACCCAAUCCUUCCUCGAGCUCAUGGAUCAGCUCGACGUCGCGCUCCUCUACCUCCAACAGGAGCCCGCAAGAUCGUACCGAGACGCUGCUCUUUACCGUAUGCGCUACUCGCAAUGCGUCACUCGAGCUGCCACGCUUGCCAAGAUGGCGGUGAUUCGCGACCUAAAGGCCGAGUCCGAGCGCACUGCUGACAAGCUCAAGCAGCUUACAUCCAGUCUCGCAUCCGAAGACUCCCAAACUUCACCGGCAACCACUACAUCUUCGACAGACCCGCACGGCAAGGCCCGUCAAGUCUCCGACGACGAUGCUACCAACAAUGAUCAUGCAGCAUCUCUCCCACCACAGGCAGCGAGCGCCUUGUUCGACGACGCUGCGCACCAGAUCACAAGACUUCGCCCACUCAUCUUUGAGCUGCAGAAGCGCGCCAGCAACACAGUCGCAUCCUCCACUCCUUCCGCAUCCACAGCAGCAGAGUUCGAGUCGCUGCUACAGGAAUGCACCGUCGCCUGGUUCCAGUACCGUCGCCCUCUCCUCUCUCGCGUCCUCUUGCAGCACAUCACCGACAUGGAAAUGUAUCCCAACAAGGCCAACGAGCAUCCCGUCCUCGAACUGGCUCGCGCAGGUACACAGCUACUCAAAUACGUCUUGCAAAGGGAGAGCGACCUCUACCAGCAGUUCUUUGGCGGAGGAACAGGCAGCGAGAGUGGUCUCGACGCCGAAUCCAAUCAGGCCAGAGACACGGCUGCGGCACUCGGCACGUACAUGUCCGAGCUUGCAGAGACGCUUGCCGCUCGACUGCGACCCAAGCUGUCCAAGGAGGACGAUCUUUUGGUGCUGGCACAAAUCUCGACAGCCAUUGCUGAUGUCACCCGUAACAGUGCAGAUCCAGUAGCUAUACCGACGCGCAGUCUGAUGCCUUUGCUCAACGAGACGCAAUCUCGUCUCAUCGCACGAGCCCAGGCCAUCGUUGCGUCCGACAUUGCAGGUUUUGUUGCAAGCGAGCAAGAAGGACAUCUCGACUUCCCCGAACGCAUCCAAGAGUACAAGGCAAGUCUGCGUGGUACAGGCGCCGAUCAGCUCUCAGCAGCUGCAGCAGCGACGGUCGCAGCCACGGCCGUCGGUAAAGGACAGCAUCGCCGUGGCAAGUCGGGUGCUGGUUUGCUAGAUGCAGCCCUCUCCGCGUCGCAAACCGCAUCCUCCUCCAAGACCCAACAGGAGAAAGUCGAGCUAUUCACCCUGCCUGCAGCACUGUUAUCGACCUACUACGUACCUGUUCAGCACACGCUUCAACUGCUGUACCACUUGCAAGCGCUGGUUCCAGCUCCUGCGUUCCGUCGCCUGGCGCUCGCUGCAGUGGAUGGUUGUCUGGCGAGCUUGAUCAAGGGCGCGACAGCGCUCGUCAAGCGCCAGAAGGGAGACAGCUUGGAGCGCGAAGAUGGAUGGUUGUUUGAGCUCCGACAGGUGGAAAUGCUCAGGGAGGUGGUGGUAUCGGCUGAGCUUGUGCUCAAGCAAGCACACGAAGAGCAAGCCGCCACAAACACCGAUGCUGCCGGCUCGGUCAAUGGUGGUGUCGCAGCGUCAGGAGCAGGCACUUCGCUCGUCGAUCUAUCUUCGCUAGUCACCGCCAUCAAUUCGCUCUGGACCAACACGGGCAGGCUGCUCUACCCAUCCUCCACCACAGCCGCGACCCCGGCUGGACUGACACCAUCGACGCAACUCGAUAUGGAGCCGAGCUCCACCCACGUCGCUUCACGGCUGCAGGCGUUGAUCGAACAGAUCGCCCAGCUCUGGUCCGACUCGAUCCUCCUACCGCUUCGUGUGUACGUCGAUCAGAGCUCGGUCGAAGCCAGCGCCGCCAAGUUCAGCAGCACGUAUCAAGCGUUCGAGACGUGCAUCGAGAGCAUUCUGCCGGAGAAGGCGGGCAAGGUCGCGUUGUGGAUCGAGGAUCAAGAGGUUCAGCGGUUGAUUGUGAGGCGUGUUAGUGAUGGAGUCGGUCAAGCGUACGAGAAGUUUCACGAGAUGAAGCCUGUCGAUGCCGGAGAGAUCGACUCGAGCGAGACUGUGAGUGCCUGUGCUUGGUCCGAUGAUCGAUGGAAGACGAUUGAAGAUGAGGGGAAGUUGCAUUCAGCUGCUGCCGGAAGGAUGAGCAGGAGGAGCAUCUCGCUCAUCGCGGUCCAAUGCAUCGACUUCGGCGUCACAACCUGUGUUGAAGAGGGAUGCACCAGCUGCGCCUGCUCCACCUUUUCGACCGACUGCCUCCCCCACACCAUCUGCUACCACGUCGGCUGCACCUUCGACGAGUGCUGCUGUGGGUAA